GAUUUGACAGAUCCGCCAUGCCAUAAAGCGCUUGUGUGUAAAUUUUACUGUGCAAAAAUAAAUAAACGGCUUACGGUUAUUCGUUGAUUUGUUUUAUUGUGAAUAGCAAUGGCUAUUGUGGAGGACGAAGUACGCAACGAGUCGGAGGAGGAGAAUGAAAUAGAGGUCGUGGUGGAAGAGGAUGACGCAGACCAAGACUCUGAUGAAUCCGACGAUGACGAUGAUGAGGAAGUGUUGGAGAGAAAAGUCGCAGAAUUGGAGCAGAGGAUCUCUGAGGAUCCCUAUAACUAUGAUGAGCAUAUUGAACUGAUCCAGGCUUUAUGGGGACUCUCAGAGCUGGACCGCUGGCGUGCGGCGUUUGACCGACUUCAACAGAUGUUUGUUCUGAAGGAUGUUCAUUGGCUCCUUCGGAUCCAGACCGAGGAGACAUUAGCACACUCGCCCGAAGCUAAAGAGCAGUUAGUUGAGAUGUUCAGGCAGGCUUCAUUGGAUUGCUAUUACAUCCCAAUCCUGACAGAGUGGUGCUCCUGGUCCCUGGGCGCGGGCGCGGACUCUGCUCGGGCCCACCUUGAGGAGGUCCUGCGGCUGGCAGGCCCCGAUCCUCUCUCCGGGAAGCUGUUCUGGGACGCUAAGAGGGAGUUGGAGAAGGCGCAGCUUGAAUCUAUGAGCGUUGAUGACCCCGACUACAAGAAACAGCGCGAGCGAACCCUAUUCUGCCUCGAGGAGACUGUGUCCCGACCCCUGCUGAAUGGAGAGGAAGCCUGGGCCCAGUUCCAAGAGUUAGCCACGGCUAUACAUGGGCAGGACUACGUUGACAAGGUCAAGAAGCAACAUGAUGCAGCUACAGAGUAUUUACAGAAGAUCACACCUUAUGAGGAUAAACUUUUGACUAUGGAGAAUCCUGAAGAAAAGUGCAAAGUGUAUGAAGAGUACAUAGAGAAAGUGAAAGAGUUAUCACAUGAAGAGAAGUACGCGGAUUGUGAUAGCAAUGGAAUACUCAAGGUGCUAUACGACCGCGCUACAUCGGAAUGCAUCAACUGCGAGGGCGCCUACAACCUGCUGGUCGCAUGGGCGCGACAGUCGGUGCGGCACUCGAGCCGUGCGACCCAGUCGCGCGUGCUGUCCGCGUGCACGCGCCGCCGGCCGCGCAGGGCCACGUUCUGGCUGCUUACUAUGCAGCACGCGGAACAUGAGGGCAAGGGGGUUGAUGAGGUGAAGACAAUCUUCGAAACAGCCCUAUCCAAAGGCAUGGAGUCGUACAAGCAGGCCGAGUCCCUCUGGCUGGGUUACCUGGAAUGCCUGCGCCGCGCCACCGCCUUUGACAACGAGCCUGACGUGGAGCGCCUGCGACGCACCUUCCGCCUCGCCUGGGACUCUCUCGCCGAGGCGUGGGGCGAGGAGGCAAACGACUGCGAAGUGCCGCUGUACUGGGCGCGGUUGGAAUACAACCGCAUGAAGGACCCCAAGCAGGGCAAGGAGAUCUUCGAGGAAAUAUUCAAAUAUGGCGAAAACAAAACCAUGUCCAAAUACUGGGAGGCGUACAUCAACCUAGAAUCCCACCGCCAACCCUCCCUCUCCGAGAACAAGCUGCGCGAGCUGCACCGGCGGGCGCUGCGCUUCGUGGCCGACUACCCGCCCGCCGCCGCGCGGCUCUGGACCGACUACGAGCGCGACUACGGCCAGCUGGCCACCGCCACCGAGUGCCAACACUUGUGUGAGGCAAAACUAAAAGAAUGGCGGGACAGCUACCAAGCCAUGAAAGACAAAAUGACCAACCAAAAGAAAGGAAACAAACAGCCACAGAAUAAAAAGGGUAAAUUCGAUAAAAAGAAGAAAGAGCAGGACAACCCAAAGAAAGGGAAGAGAAAGUCAGAGGAGAGCGCACAAGAUAGCGAGGUUAAGAGGAAAAAGGACAGCAGUAUGGAAGUCGAUGAGAAGGCGAAGGAAGGGGAGAGUGGUGCUUUAAAACGAUCUCAUGACGAUGAUAGUGAUGGUGCUGAUAAUAAGAGACUGCGGACUGAGAAUGCGAAUAGUACGUCUAGAGUUAGCGGCAACGAGGCUUGCACACUCUUCGUUAGCAAUCUAGAUUACAAUGUAAACGAGAAUAAUCUCCGUGACAAGCUGUCAGAGUACGGUGAAGUGGUGUCACUGCGCGUGCGCGCCGGCGUUAAAGCGUUCGGUGGCUCCAUCUGCUACUGCCAGUAUUCCACAUCGGAGGCAGUAGACGAAGCGAUAAAACACGACCGCACUCCCCUAGACGGACGACCGAUGUUCCUCUCGCGGUACUCGGCGUCCAAGACGAAAGGCACCUUCAAAUACGCCACGACUGUCGAGAAAAACAAACUGUUCGUGCGCAACCUGCCUUUCGCGCACUGCACGCGCGAGCGGCUCACGGACAUAUUCGAUAAAUACGGGAAACUCAGCGAUAUUCGAGUUGUCACGUUCAAAGACGGGAAACCGAAAGGCCUAGCGUACGUCGACUACGUAGACGAAAAAAGUGCAGCAGAAGCGGUAGAGAAAACCAACGGCAUGUUAAUAGCUGACCGCAAUAUCGAGGUGGCGGUCAGCGCGCCGCCGCCGCGCGCCGACGCCAAGCCCGCGCUGCUGGGGCAGCCUAAACGGGACACGGGAGGGGGAAUGCGACGCACGCAACUGAGCAGUUUCAUCCCCAGCGUCCUGCAAAAGCCAAUACCCUCAACUUCCACGUCGGCAGCGAGCGGUUCCAACGGCGCUAACGGCCACGCGAGCGAAGCGCGUCCCCUUAGCAACAGCGACUUUAGGACCUUGCUGCUUAAGAAGUAGGCUAAGACUUGUAUAGCUCUUUUAUAAAUAAUGGUUCAAAUGAUGAUGCAGUUUU